UCCUCUUCCUGUCUCUUCAUAGUUCGCAUCCCCAGUCCCAAUAAUUAAAAAAUAAAUAAAAAGAAGAAAAAGAAAGAGAAAGAAGCGCAAAGCAAUUACUUCCACUUCGUCUGUAGUAAAACCCUAAUACCUUCGACCCUUUAUUAUUUAUUUUCCUGUUUCUCUCUCUAAAACCCAACUUUCUCUCUCAAGUGGUGCGAGCGGUCAAUGCAAGAUCCGGUGGUGGUUCCGAUUGCGCAGUAGGGUUUGGUCUAGGGUCGGCCAAGGCUGGCGAGUAUUUGGGUGAAGUAAAUGGCGGAUUCGAGUGGUGCGAGCGUGGUGUUGCGGCAGCGGCGGCGGCGUUGAUAGUGUUACAGUGCGGUGGCGAUUAAUGUUGUCUUCAAUUUUAAUUUUGAUUUGAGUGCUAUACUCCCACUGCAGAUCACAUAUAUGUCAUUGGUUUCUCUCUUUUUUGGUUAUCAGAUAAUUGUUCCUUUUGACUAAGCUGAAAGACUUGAGGACUUCUAAAGAUGUUGUCCCUUCAUCCUGCAAAAAAGUUAUCAUUUAAUCGAUCAAUUAGUAAUGGCGAUUUAGUUAUUGUUUAUGAAAGGCAUGACAUCAUGAAGGCUGUAACAGUGUGUGAGGGUUCAGUCCUGCAAAAUCGUUUUGGUGUUUUUAAGCAUUCAGACUGGAUAGGAAAGCCUUUUGGAUCUAAAGUAUUCAGCUGUAAGGGUGGCUUUGUGUACUUGUUAGCUCCCACACCAGAAUUGUGGACUCUGGUAUUGAACCACAGGACUCAGAUUCUCUAUAUUGCGGAUAUUAGCUUUGUUAUCAUGUACUUGGAGAUUGUUCCUGGUUGCGUGGUUCUUGAAUCUGGAACUGGCAGUGGAUCGUUGACUUCUUCGCUUGCAAGGGCAGUUGCUCCUUCAGGACACGUCUAUACCUUUGAUUUCCACGAACAAAGGGCUGCAUCGGCUAGGGCUGAUUUUGAGAGGACAGGUCUAAGCAGCUUAGUCACUGUUCAAGUUAGGGACAUUCAGGGUGAAGGAUUUCCUGAUGACUUGACUGGCAUGGCUGACUCUGUAUUUUUGGAUCUACCUCAACCUUGGCUUGCCAUCCCUGCAGCUGCAAAAGUAUUAAGACAUGAUGGCACACUGUGCUCUUUCUCUCCUUGUAUUGAACAAGUACAACGAACAUGUGAAACACUCCGAACCCGGUUCACAGACACAAGGACAUUUGAGGUACUCUUACGCACGUAUGAAGUUCGGGAAGAGAAAAUGCAAAGCUUAUGUGGGGAUAGCAAUGGUUCUGUUCCUAGCAAGAGGAAACAAUGCUCUGGUGGAAGCUAUGUACUAGGCAGCAGUCCAUCUACUUCUUCUGUCAUGGCUAGACCUUGUGGUGAAGCUCGAGGACACACGGGCUAUUUGACAUUUGCAAGAGUUAAAUCACUCUCAUGAAGAGUGCUAUCAUAUCCAUCACAUUCGUGAAUCUCCUUUCGAUUUGAGCCUCAUGCCGUAGGUUGUUGUCGUUUGUUACAAUACAGCAUGCCUAUGAUCCAUACCUUGCUACAAGAAGCAAGGCCUGCCUCUUUUUUGCAGAUUAGUAAUCAUUGAUAAAUAUUUUGUGGUGCUUCAUAUUAUUUACAAAUAUUUAGAGGGAUCAAGUUUCUUAACCUGUUUGUAUUGCUUCAACAAAAUGGUAAGAGGUCUCUGUCAUUAUUGAUUUAUUUUCUGACUCCCAUUACGUUAAGAAUUUCAUGUUUGGCCA